CACAGCGGAGACAAAGACACAGCGGAGACAAAGACACAGCGGAGACAAAGACACAGCGGAGACAAAGACAGCGGUCUGGAAUAGAAGUGUAGCAGCGUAGAGGACGUCUCUCUGAAGCCACACAUCGGUACGUUCAACACGUGCCGGCUGCGUUUCUCUGUUCAGUUCCCCACCGUGAGAACACAAAGACCUGAGCAACCAGCUGACAGACGGAGGACCAGGAACCGCCUUGCAUCAUGGGGGUCGCGGUCUACAACGUGUCCUCCACCUCGGCCCGAGUGAGCUGGCCGUCGUCCCCCGGCUGCCUGGACACCUUCUACAGCGUCAUGUACGACCCCAACUGGAACAACCUGAUGAUGGGCUACAAGCGCAAGAGCUUCAUGUACGAGGAGCGCAUCCCCGUCAGCCAGACCAGCACGCACCUGGCCAACCUGCUCCCGCAGACCGCCUACUUCCUGUGUGUGACGUGCCAGGCGGCCAAUCCGGUGCGAGACCAGUGCCAACUGUUCAGCACGCCGAGCGACAGCGGCGAGGGUCACGACCGGACGGGCUGGGAGCUCGCCAUGGGCGUGUGGCUGACCUGCUGCGUCCUGCUGCUGGUCAUCGCCGGCAUCCUGCUGUGGGGGUGCCUCCGCACCAUGUGCUCCGUCCCCGAUGGCUGCCGGGUCGCCCUCAACUCCGCCCGCCGGGACAUGUCCGGAUCCGGGCGCCUGUACGCUCCCAGACGCACCAGCGAGGACAUCAUGCAGCCCCCCCCCCUCCUGUCCACGCAGACCGCCGGCCACAUAAUUACCCAGGACCAUGAGAUGAGGACACUCGCUAAGCUGUCUGGCAGCGAGCCAAUGUGAAUCAACCGGAUUGAGGUCAUCGUAGCAUUGUUUCUGCCCCUGAGCUUCUUCAUCCGCUGAUGGGACUCUACGGAGCCCUGAAGGUGUCGUGGAGAAGACUAAACACACUAACGGAGCUCCUGACUCACCAAGACUCUACUCACACAUUAUUCAUAUCAGCACGCACUCUCCAUCAUCCCUUCUCUUUACCACAACCGUGUUUAUAGUCAACUGUCUCGUGAAUUUUAAUUAAACUGUUUAAAACACUUAUUAACCCACUUUGUAAAUCUGA